ACAUUUUCUAAUUUCUAUAUGAAUGGUUUGUAUCUUAUCUCAAUCCACAAAAAACACUCGUGUGCGCGUGAUCAUAAUAAACGCCAUGGAAUCAAAUUCAGAGAAGAAUAUCAACAUCAGCGUAGGUUCUUCCGGUGGUGGUAGUGAACAUGUUCCACUAGUAACCGUUGCAAAACAACCAACGACAGCAACAGAAACCGUAGCCAAAGGCGAAACAAGAGCCAAAGCGACAAGACAUCCAAGAUGGACAAGACAAGAGUCCCUUGUUCUCAUAGAGUCCAAGAAACUUGUCGAGAGUGGGGAACAGAUUAACAGGUACCAAUCGCCACCUGGGUUUGUUGUUCUUCAGACGGAUCCAAAGUGGGAUAUGGUUUCAUCGUUGUGCCAGCAACGAGGUGUUAAGAGAGGCGCUGUUCAGUGUCGAAAAAGAUGGGGGAACCUUCUCACUGAUUUCAGGAAGAUCAAGAAGUGGGAAACGAAUGUGAAGGAUGAGAAUGAAUCGUUUUGGAUGAUGAGGAAUGAUAAGAGAAAGGAGAACAAGUUGCCGGGGUUCUUUGAUUCUGUAGUCUACAAUGUUCUUGAUGGAGGGGUAUGCACUGCAGCCGCGUAUCCAUUGACGCUUAUUAAGGGCCCACCAAAACAAGAAAAUAUUAGUGGUGGUGGUGGUGAUCGGGGGGAAGGAGAAGGUGUGGUGACGGCAAGCAAGAAGGAUCAUCAUCGCAGUCGCAAUCAACCUCAUCGCCAGAAUCAUGACGAGGUUGAUGAGGACGACGAGAUGGAGGAUGAUGAGACCAUUGUGGACAGUGAGAUGGGUUGGAGCACUGAAGAGGAGAACAACACUAAUUCUACGACAGAGACAGGGAAGGUGAAUAACAGUAGUCUAAUGCUGUUGAAAACACCUACUGUUGCAGGUGCUAAGGAAACGGUGAUGAAUAUGAUGAUGGUGAUGGGGAGUACACAGAAGAUACCGUUGCCCAAAUUGCCUACUUCAGCAGAGAAACAACCAACACCAACAUCUUGCAAAGGGAACUACGACCAUCCACCAGGCUUUCAAAGAGAAGGUGUGUCACAGGAGGGGCACAAGAAGAGGAGAUUAUCACCAGGUAAUAGUGAACACACCACAAAUUUCAACAACAACAUUGUCAGAGUACUAAGAAGGAACAAUAACAUGCUGAAAGCACAUCUUGGGGCUCAGAAUAUGAAUUACCAGUUGGCCAGAGAACAUCAGAAAGAGCAAACAGAUAGCUUGGUUGCAGCCCUUGGCAAGCUCACAGAUGCUCUAUCAAAAAUUGCUGACAAGCUGUGACUAUAUUCAGAUUUAAGAAGGAACAUAACUCUUAGCAUUUCCUUCUCAUGAUACCUUUUUUAUUUUUGGGUGGAAACAACUUUUCUUAUCAUUUGUUCACAUGAAGAUAAUGUUUAAACAAUUCAAACCUCUCUCUCUCUCUCUUACUCUGACCCAGUCAGCAACAGUUGCACAGAACCAGAAGGAUCUAAGAAAUUACCAUUUUACAUUAAUCACUUUGUUGUUUACAACGUCCCUUAAGUUCCUUUACAGUCAAGCUAUAUCCAGCAACCUGUAAAACUUUUCUUUUCUAUUUUUUUUUUCCCAACAGUUUUUGUCUAUACUCAUGUAUUCAUUACAAUAAGCUCACGGUGUGUAAGAACCUGGCAUCUAGAUUAGGUAGAAAAAUGAAACAUAGUAGAAGGGCAAGGGAGAUGCAGUGAUAUCAGUGAGAUAUCAUUCAAUUUCCCAGUAUUUGCUUGUAUUAUGCAGUAAAAGGACUGAGUGACAAAAGCAUCAGGUAUUUGCGAGACCUGAUUCUCUCAUAGUGCCUAACCCUAUUAUUUCUCUCUAUUUUUAUGCCCUCUCACUACUUCCCACAGCCCUUUAUAGUUCCCACCUCUCUCUCAUAACAGAAUGCUCCCUCUCUCUCACUCACUUUCCAGCUAGGCAAGUUAGUUACAAAACCCACCUUAGCCCAUAUUCAUUCAAUUACAAUUAGGUCCCUAAUUUCUAAUAAACUUGGUACGUAACACGGUGACACAAAAAUGAGUAGGGAACUAAGCUAAAACCUAAAAGUGAAGCUAAAGCAAGAGAAAACUUGAACAAUAGAGGAUACAUGAUGCACAACUGAUUAUAAAGGAAGCUAAGUC